GGAGCGGCGGCCCCCACAGCAACCCGCAGCGACAAGGCGGCGAGGCGAGACGAGAGCGUUGGCUUGACGGACUGACAGACACACGCCCCGCAAAACUCACUCCUUCAGCGCCGCGAUGUUCUUCGUGAUGGAUUCCAGGACAGGUAUGGCGUGGUUGGUGGCCGCGACGGUGCUGGCCGCGGUGGUGAGCGUGGCGCGCGCCGACGCCGGACACUUUUUCGCGGAGACGCCCAAACACCUGCCCAGGAUCGGCCGUCGGGGAGACCUGCCGCCCUUGACGACGCUGCUGACAGAGGAGGACGCCCGCAGCCCCGGAGCGACCACCCGAGGCAUGACGGAGGCGCUGGCGGGGCUGGGUCUGGACAGUGACGGAGACGGCUGCAUCGGCCUGGGGGAGCUAGUCCGCAACCCAGUGGUCAGGGUGGCGCUCCUCCUGCAGAACCCCGCCCUCCUCAACUCCGCCGCCCCCGCCUCCUCCGAGAAUGACGUCCAAGGCCCCGAGGACCCCUUCACCUCAGACCGCCGACCAGUGCCACGACUCCUCCGUUAUCUGCAGAAGUGAGGGUCGAGCCCCGCCGCGAGGAGACAGGAAGGAGAGGAGAACCGCGACAUCGAGAAGAGAGAGACGCCACCAUGCAUAAAACUGAACUGUCGGGAUGAAGCAGCCGCCUCUGUUGACCACGAGUGACCGAGGACGGCGUGAGGACAACAAACCUAAACAAAUGUCUCCAUAACAUUGAGAAAAGGGAGAAAAGAAUAAAUAUAGGAGUCAUAUGGGACGGAUUUUAUAAGGGGAAAAGUACAUUCGCUAAAUUUACAAUAUGGAUGACGAAAAAAAAUAGGGAAAUCAAUACACAGAAGCUGGAAAAUGGUUGAGUAAUAGAGAAGGCAAAAGACAAAGAGAACGUAUCACCGAAAAUGCUAAAGACCAUGUUUCUGAACCGCCAAUUGAAUACCGAAGUGCAGGAAGAUGGAAAGAGGGAGCCAGCCAAUAGUGUGGAAGCCGCGUUAGUAACCAAACCUUCCAUCACAACACCCAAGUGCCAAAAUAGUUUACGAGAAAUAGUCCCAAAAAUUACGAAGAUGAUGUGUACGACCUAAUUGCCCUCGACUGAUACUGAAAACGCUCCACGACAACCAACAACGACAAGAACAAGAAAACGCAACAUCAAUAUCAACAUCAUCAUCCCGUGUGAGUGGCAGAACGAUGAGCAAACAUGAAUAAUUUGCGAGGGAAAAAAAAAAAAUCGGAAACAACUGAACGAGGAGACAAAAUGCGCAAGGAUCUACAUCCCUUCUCUACAACAGUCAUCCCUUCCCCAUCUCACUGCAAUUCCUGUCUUAUUUAUGUCAAUAUUUAUUAUUUAUAGAAUGUGACUAUUUAUUAAAAAUACUUUAAGCCUGAUAUAGCCAUUGUUAGUGUUUCAUUUAUUUGAAGCCACGGGGACACACACACACACACACACACACACACACACACACACACCAAGUCGCUUUAACAUUUUACAAACAGCCUACAUAACUUAAUAAGACAUGUACACUUUUAAUGAAUCCCUUUAACUUCUAUAUUCGCUAUCAGAGUCAACACAAAUAUACAGUUAUUAGUCCAUAUGAAUAAUCUUCCUUAAAUCACCGUGUAUGUCGAUGAGCCACUUUGUGUAUGUGACUAUUCAACAACACACAAACACGAUACACUUUCAGCAGAUGCAAACCACUUUACACAGACACACUACAUGAUUACACUUACCAAGAAUCUCACUCAUUUUUGUCUGCCUCGUUGACGCCAUUACUUGCCGUUUGGACCGAGCCGAUUGAGGCUGAGCAAACUUUCCUUUUCUCCUUAAAUUAAGUGUCCACUCCUAAUUCUCUAGCAACCAAGCAGGAAACUGUAAUGGCCGCGACAACAUAUCACCACACAACACGUUACGAUACAACAGCACAAUAUGCUUGCACAAUACAGAAUACAAUACACGCGACACGCAAGUCCAGACCAAACAGCCACAAGCCGAGGUAUAGAGUUACGUAGAACCAAACUUACAAACAAAUCCUACAAAAGCAGUAAAUGAUCACAGAGCCGC